AGAGAGAGAUUGUGGUGAUACAACGAAGAUGAAAGCAUGUGAUUUUCCAUCUGACUGCUGCUGGUUUGUGCAUAAAUCACAUCUACAGAGCAACAGGACGACGUCUGCGAUGCUGUAGCCAAAAUGUCACAGCUGUACUACAGGAAAACAGACAACUCUUCCUAUAGAGACCGCAUCCCUCUACGGAUUGUCCGGGCUGAGUCUGAGCUCUCUGCCCUGGAGAAGGCCUACCUGGGGGCUGUAGAGAAGGGCGACUAUGCCGGUGUGAAAGAAGCUCUGGAGGAAGCUGAAAUCUACUUCAGGAUCAACAUCAACUGUAUUGACCCCCUGGGACGUACCGCUCUGCUUAUUGCCAUCGAAAAUGAGAACCUGGAGAUUAUCGAGCUACUCCUCAGCUAUGAAGUGCAUGUCGGGGAUGCUCUGCUGCACGCCAUCCGCAAAGAGGUGGUGGGAGCUGUGGAACUUUUGCUCAACCAUAAGAAGCCACGUGGAGAGAAUCAGGUCCCACCAAUGCUGCUGGACAAACAGUUCUCAGACUUCACCCCAGACAUCACUCCGAUUAUCCUGGCAGCCCACACCAACAACUACGAGAUCAUAAAACUGUUGGUGCAGCGAGGCGUUUCCAUACCUCAGCCUCAUGCCGUGCACUGCAGCUGCGUUGAGUGUGGGUCCAGUUCAGACGUGGACGGGCUGCGUUACUCACGCUCUCGCCUAAACAUUUACAAGGCCCUCUCCAGUCCAUCUCUCAUCGCCAUAUCCAGCGAGGAUCCUUUUCUCACGGCUUUUCAGCUCAGCUGGGAGCUGCAGGAGCUCAGUACUGUAGAGAACGAGUUCAAGUCCGAGUACGAGGAGCUGUCUCAUACGUGCAAACAGUUUGCAAAAGAUCUCUUGGACCAAACCAGAAGCUCUAAAGAGUUGGAAAUAAUCCUGAACUACCGGGACAACAUCAACCCUCUGUUGGAUGAGAACACCAAUGAUCUGGCCCGACUAAAACUGGCCAUCAAAUAUUGUCAAAAGGAGUUUGUUGCUCAGCCCAAUUGUCAGCAGCUGCUGGCAUCACGGUGGUAUGACGAGUUCCCAGGCUGGAGGAAGCGUCACUGGGCAGUGAAGCUCCUCACAUGCAUAUUGAUAGGCCUCUUCUUUCCACUCCUGUCCAUCUUCUACCUGAUAUCUCCAAAGAGCCACUAUGGCAUGUUCAUCCGUAAACCCUUCAUCAAGUUCAUCUGUCACACAGCUUCCUACCUGACGUUCCUCUUCCUGUUGUUCUUGGCCUCGCAGCAUAUUGCAGACUCAAAUCCCAAUCGUCAGGGCCCAGUGCCAACCACUGUGGAGUGGAUGAUCCUGCCAUGGGUCCUUGGUUUUAUAUGGACAGAGAUCAAACAGAUGUGGGAUGGUGGUUUUGAGGACUACAUGGACGACUGGUGGAACUUAAUGGACUUUAUAAUGAACUCACUGUAUCUUGCAACCAUUUCACUGAAGAUUGUUGCCUAUGUAAAGUACAAAGGCACCAAACCCAGAGAGAGCUGGGAAAUGUGGCACCCAACUUUGGUGGCAGAGGCUUUGUUCGCUAUAGCCAACAUCUUCAGUUCUUUGCGCCUCAUCAGCCUUUUCACUGCCAACUCACACCUUGGACCCUUACAGAUAUCACUGGGACGCAUGCUGCUGGACAUCCUCAAGUUCCUCUUCAUCUACUGUCUGGUGCUGUUAGCCUUUGCUAAUGGACUCAACCAGCUCUACUUUUACUAUGAGACAGAUCAGGUUGGUAAAUGCAAGGGUAUCCGCUGUGUCCAGCAGAAUAACGCCUUCUCAACGCUGUUUGAGACACUGCAGUCAUUGUUUUGGGCCAUAUUUGGCCUUGUAGCCCUCCAUGUGACUAACGUAAAUGAGACACAUGAGUUCACAGAGUUUGUGGGAAGUACCAUGUUUGGCACAUAUAAUAUCAUCUCUCUAGUCGUUCUUCUGAACAUGUUAAUUGCAAUGAUGAACAACUCCUACCAGCACAUCGCUGAUCAUGCAGAUAUAGAAUGGAAAUUUGCAAGAACAAAAUUAUGGAUGAGCUAUUUUGAAGAAGGUGGAACAUUGCCAUCUCCAUUCAAUAUUAUACCCAGUCCAAAGUCAGUUUAUUAUCUCACUGAGUGGAUAAAGAAGCAUUUGUUGAAGAACCCAAGUGUAAAAAAGCUUGAAACCUUUGAAACUUUGGGGCAGAUGCGUGCAGCUGAAAAUGUGAGAUUAAACCGCGAAUAUCAGGAGGUACUGAAGAACCUAGUAAAGAGGUAUGUGGCUGCAAUGAUCAGAGACGGUAAAACAGGGGAAGGGUUGACAGAGGAGAAUUUCAAGGAGCUUAAGCAGGACAUCUCCAGCUUCCGUUAUGAAGUCCUAGGAAUGAUGAAGAGUAAAGCUCAAGGUUCCCUAGCAGGAAAAAUUGCUACCUCCCCCUUGGCUUAUCCUGGGAACUCCUUCAUAUAUUCUCCAAAAUACAACGCUGGUGAGCUGCAUCAAACGUUGAACCACUUAGAAGCAGCCAGUUCUGUCCUGCAGAGCAGCACCACUGACUCCACCAGCUCUGAGAGUUCCAACAGACGAACCAACAGUUGCGUAAUCCCAUCCCAGACAGGAAACAUUAAGCGCACGCUCUCUACAGACAACUCGGGUGGCGGGCUCCGACAGAGAGCCAGUAGAUACUCACUGAAAUGUGAUGAGAUAAAGCCAUUACCAGAAGAGGUGUCUGGGGGGCAAAUCCAAGAACAAAUUAAGCAUGAGGAGGUGAUCAUGGUGAUCAUUCAGGGGGUGGAGAAAGACAACCAAGAGACUGAACAGUCAUGCAAAGAUCAUACUGAUGAGGUCACCAAUGGGCCAAAAAAUCUCCACAAAAACAAAAACAACCAAAAACAUGAAAGUGUAAAUGUGUCUGCACACCAGAGAUGUCAUUCACAUUAGAAUGGAGCUUGAAAUGUAUACUAAUAUCAAUCUAGCUGUUCAUUUUAGUGGAGGACCCACCCACUUAGUCCAUGCCCAAGAUUUUAGCCGGGGAAAAUUUUAUUUUAUUUUUGUAAGUGUGGGCGAACUCCACCAGGGGGUGAUAAACACAAUGGCGGCCAAAAUAAAUAUUAAAAGGAUUAUUAACCAUGUGCGAGGUCUGUACGGGAAAAUAUCCAGCAGAAGUGUUGACAGUAUGGGCCGCGCAUUAUCGAGGUCCAUGCGAAAAACACCUCGAAGAACUUUAAAAAAAAAUUAACCCAAAUAAGAAACUUGAUAUUGUAAAACUGUGGCUACUAUUUUGUUCAGAUGUGUUGUAAAGAAAUUGAUAUUUUGAUGAUCGACUUACUGUAGUUACUGUAUGAUACACUCAACAUGUCCUCACUAUGUAAGAAUAUCAGCCUCACAGUUUCAUAUAUGCCUGAUAUUGGCAUUCCUGUAAAAUUAAGUUUCAAUGCAUUAUUUUCAUUGUGAAAUGUGACUUUUCUUGUCAUUUAAAUGGACUGGAAAUACUGUUACGUAUUCAACAUAUAUAUUACCAUGAAAAGUCCAUAGUCUAACACAUUCAACAGCGACCUUUAGGUAACAAAUAUGUCAAUUUUAUGGUCAUAUUUGAAUUCCUUGACCCCGAAAACAUAGAUUUAGACACCAUAAUUAAUGUUCUAGGUCACAUAGAAGUGAAAAUAUGCCAUAAUAUUGAUUUUGGCUGCCAUUCUGUUUAUUGUCCGCAAAUGGCGUUAGCUCACAUUUUUCAAAAAAAUUACCUCAGCUAAAAUCUCAUUUUUUGGACCAAUGUCCAAGAAUCUGUAUUCAAAACUCACUCCUGGAAAAUUGGUCACAGACUCAAUGGGUGGGUCCUCUAAACCAUUUCCUAUCAGUAACCAGUAAAUAUUGCAUAUUCUGCCUCAACUACCAAGCAUUCCAUCUCUAAUCAUAUAAUCGUGCUAGUGAGCUUACAUCUCUGUGCAUACAUUCAUAUGAAAAAUAGUGGUCAGUGAGGAAUAACCAAAUUACUGACUUAAAUCUCAGGGAAUCAUGGAAAGAGUCAUUUAAGUUAAUUCUGUGGAUGUUCAAUUACACCAUCUCAAUUCACAUUUUUAAGACGUGUUGUCUCAUAUUUAUGGCAUUCUGAGUCACAAUAUGAGAUAAUAAAUCAUAAUUAUGAUCUAUCAUAACUAUGAGAAAUAGCUACUUAAUCAUGUGCUACUCUUAAUAUGUACACCUCUGCCAAGGUUCGACAGUUGGGCCUCAGCUAGGAACAUUGUUUCACCAAACUACAAAUAACAGACAUCAAUUGGUUAUAUUGUAAAAAAUAUUAAUGAAAACCUGAACGUGCAUCGGCCACUAAAUCAAAUCAACUCUUCGUUUAGCUAGUCACAGUCUCUCAAACACUGAUGCUUCGUCGCCAUACAUAGGGUCUAUAAAGGGAUAGGUGAAGUUUCUCUCUCUGUAGGUCUAGUGAUGCACUUUGUAGCACAGGUGCAAACAUUUUGAACAGGUUGGGGUCAGCUGUCAAAGGAAACUGUGUUAAGGAUGAGUGAUGUUUGGAUGUGGUGAGGGUAAAUUCAUAGCGGGAGGGCUAGUAAUACAAGCAUUCUUUGUUAAUGUGCGAUCAACUUGCCAAAGAUUUGCAAUGUGUUGACAGAGAUGAGACUGAGGUCUUAACAGAACUGAGAUCGUGUCCAGAUGACUUAAUAACUUUGUAUCUCUCCACUCUCAUUGAAAUGGCAGCUCUUUUGACCAUCACUUUUGAACUGUCAGAUUCAGGAUCUAUUGAGCGACAGUGGGACAUUCACUCACUUCUGCUAAUGGGGCUUUGAUGCUGAAUUUAUAUUUCUCUAUAACACCACAAUGGAGUAGAAUUUGUAUAAGCUGCUGUAAUCUUGCUUAAGUGCCCUUUUGUGAUGUGUUUCGACUUGUGAAUAAAUGACUGAAUUAAAGGGGAUGCAGAUU